GCGAACCAAAAUAGGAAAGUGAAAUCCCGAAAAAGCCCUGGGCCGUCAAAGACCCCCACAUCCAUGGGCAGGGCAGAGCAAUCAAUCAUAGACCUCUUAUUCCCCUGCCCGUAAAUCUCGGUCAGCUCCGUCAUAGAUCACUUAAAACAGUUGUUAACUGCUGCAGUAGUAGAAUAAUAGACCUUUCUUUCUUUCUUCAUUCUGACGAUUGAACCAAUACUACUUAUAGGUGGAUAUCUGCACACACAGUACUAGGCAUCUAGCUGCUGGUUCAGUUGAGGAGGAUAAUGUGGAGGAGGAGCGUAUCUCGAUCGGCGUUGACUCUCCGGCAAUCACGGAGAUUGUCUAUUUGCGCCUCCACCACUCCGAUUCCUGCUCCUAGUAUUAUUCACAAGCGUGGUGCUGAUAUUCUUCAUGAUCCAUGGUUCAACAAGGACACAGGGUUUCCCAUGACCGAAAGAGACCGACUUGGGCUUCGUGGCCUCCUCCCCCCUCGUGUCAUCUCUUUCGAGCAGCAAUACGAUCGCUUUAUGGAAUCAUAUCAUUCAUUGGAACACAAUACAAAAGGCCAACCUCUGACUGUUGUAUCUUUGGCAAAAUGGAGAAUCUUAAAUAGACUACAUGACAGGAACGAGACUUUAUAUUAUCGAGUACUUAUUGAUAACAUUAAAGAUUUUGCUCCCAUAAUAUACACGCCAACCGUGGGUUUGGUAUGUCAAAACUACUCAGGGUUGUUUAGACGUCCACGUGGAAUGUACUUCAGUGCAAAAGAUAAGGGGGAGAUGAUGUCCAUGAUUUACAACUGGCCAGCUAAGCAGGUAGACAUGAUAGUUCUUACAGAUGGAAGUCGUAUUCUUGGUCUAGGUGAUCUUGGAGUUCAAGGAAUGGCAAUACCUAUUGGGAAACUUGAUAUGUAUGUUGCUGCUGCUGGAAUUAAUCCUCAGAGAAUCCUUCCUAUUAUGCUUGAUGUCGGAACUAACAACCAGCAGCUACUAGAUAAUCCCCUUUAUAUAGGACUAAGACAGCCUAGAUUAGAAGGAGAAGAAUACAUAGCAGUAGUGGAUGAAUUAAUGGAAGCUCUUCAUGCACGUUGGCCAAAAGCUAUAGUCCAGUUUGAAGACUUUCAAUUCAAAUGGGCUUUUGAAACUCUUGAAAGAUACCGUAAGAAGAUCUGCAUGUUCAAUGAUGACAUACAAGGAACUGCUGGUGUUGCGUUAGCUGGAUUACUCGGAACUGUUAGAGCACAAGGCCGGCCAUUAUCAGACUUUGCAAACCAAAAAAUUGUUGUUGUUGGAGCUGGAAGUGCAGGGCUUGGUGUUUUGAACAUGGCCUAUCAGGCGGUUGCAAGAAUGACAGGAACAAACGCAAAACCUCAGUUUUUCCUACUUGAUAAAGAUGGUUUGAUUACAACAGAGAGAGUUGGUAUUGACUCAGCAGCUGCACCAUUUUCCAAACCUAUUGAAGAGGUUAAAUCCCUGGGACUUCAUGAGGGAUCUGAUCUCCUUGAAGUGGUAACAAAGGUCAAGCCUCAUGUUCUCCUUGGUUUGUCCGGAGUUGGAGGUGUUUUCAAUGAGCAUGUUCUUAAAGCCAUGCGGAAUUCUGAUUCUCCUAAACCUGCCAUCUUCGCCAUGUCAAAUCCCACAUUGAAUGCCGAAUGCACUGCUGCUGAUGCUUUUAAACAUGCCGGUGAAAAUAUUGUUUUUGGAAGCGGGAGCCCUUUUGAACACGUUGAUCUUGGAAAUGGGAAGGUCGGUCAUGUGAAUCAAGCAAAUAACAUGUAUCUCUUCCCAGGGAUCGGUUUGGGAUCUCUGCUCUCUGGUGCUCAUAUUAUAUCUGAUGGAAUGUUGCAAGCAGCUUCUGAAUGUCUUGCUUCUUAUAUGACAGAAGAAGAAAUUCAGAUGGGCAGAUUAUACCCAUCCAUCGAUAGUAUUCGACAUAUUACUGCGGAAGUAGGAGCAGCAGUGGUAAGGGCGGCUGUUGCUGAGGAACUAGCGGAAGGACAUGGUGAGGUGGGGCCCAAAGAGCUUGAACACAUGUCAAAGGAAGAGACGGUGGAAUAUGUAACAUCCAACAUGUGGUUUCCAAUUUACAGUCCCCUUGUUCAUGAAAAAUAAGGUUCUUGUUCUGCAGAUGGUAUUUUAUUACGUAUAUGAAAUACUACACUUGCAGUUAAUGGCAUGCUCUUCCUGUCCCAAAUACUUGUGUGUGUUUGCUAAAAUGUGAAAUGUAACUUUCAUUUAAGCCACACGUACUUUGAAACUAUAAUAACAAUAUAACGUCUUAUCAAUUUUAGUUGAUGUGGCAUCAUAUCAUAUCAUAUUAUAUAUAUUCAUCAAAUGCUUUGGGUCU